CAAAGUCGCCAUUGAAAACUUGAGCAAGCUCUCCUCCAUACGGUUUUUCCAGAUUUUGAUUCGUUGUUUAUCUAUCUCUCUAUCAUUUGUAUUAUAGACUCAACUUACUUUCAUCCUAGAUUCUCCAUCCGAGAUUUAAUCUCUUUUAAACCGGAAUAUCAAGAUGAAACCUGUUUGCCCUUUUGUUAAAGCUGCUCGUCCUGAUGAUGCCCUCUUGAAGAAAGCAUGUGAAUCCCCUAAACAACAGGUUGGACAAGAUGUGAAGCCUAAACAAGAGUCUGCAGAACCUGGCAGUAUUUCUCCAAAAUGCCCGUUUGGAUAUGAUUCUCAAACAUUUAAGCUUGGACCUUUUAGCUGCAUGAUAUGCCAAUCACUUCUCUUUGAAAGUAGCAAAUGUAUGCCCUGUUCUCACGCAUUUUGCAAGGCAUGUAUAUCUCGCUUCAAGGAUUGUCCUCUAUGUGGUGCUGAUAUUGAGAUGAUUGAACCCAACCCUGAUCUUCAAAAAUUAGUUGAUCGAUUCAUUGACGGUCAUGCAAGGAUAAAGAGAUCUCAAGCUAAUACUGAUUCUGAGGACACCCUCAGUGAGAAGAGAACUAUUUUAUAUGAAGAUGUAUCAAUAGAAAGAGGUGCUUUCUUGGUGCAACAAGCAAUGAGAGCAUUUCGCGCCCAUAACAUUGAAAGUGCCAAACAUAGACUGAGUUUAUGUGCAGAAGACAUCAGAGAGCAACUUGACAGAGUGGGCAGCACAUCAGAUUUGUGUUCACAACUAGGUGCAGUUCUGGGCAUGCUUGGUGAUUGCUGUCGAGCACUGGAAGAUUCCGCUUCAGCUGUUAGUUAUUUUAAGGAUAGCGUAGACUUCCUAUUUAAAGUUCAAACUGAUGAUAUGGAGGUCAUACACACAUUAUCUGUAUCAUUGAAUAAGAUUGGAGACCUCAAAUAUUACGAAGGCAACUUGGAGGCGGCUAGAUCAUACUAUUCUCAAUCAUUAGAUGUUCGUCGUGACGCCAUCAAGAAGCUCUCCAGUUCUCCCUCACAGACUCUGGAUGUGGCUGUUUCUCUUGCGAAAAUUGCGGAUUUGGACAGGAAUAUUGGCAAUGAAGAUGUAGCAGUAGCUGGAUUUCAGGAAGCCGUUACUCUGUUGGAGUCAUUAACACUGAAUGCAGGAGAAGCCAGUCUUGAAAAUCGGCGACUUACAGUAUUGGAGUUUCUCAAAAAUCAACUUGAUGAAAAAGAACGCCAGCCAACCUCUUGAGACAAGGUAGAUUGAAUCGAAUAUCAUCUACUUAAUGUUUAUUUGGCCCCAUAAUAUGUACAUUAAUAGAACACGUUGCAAUUCAGUCUUGGACUGAUCGAUCAAAUGCUUAAUAUGCCAUGGAGGAAAUUCAACUUGAUGUGAUGAUUUUUUUUUUUUUUUAUAUAUAUACAUAAAGGCAUGCAUUUAUAUGGAAUAAUAAUAUUUAGUUGCUUCAAUAGAAGUGCUGCAAUGUCUAGA